AUGUGGCGCAUGCGUGGUGCCGCCGCCAGGCGUUGGGGCUGCGGCGGCGACGGCAGCGACGGCGAUGGCGGGGGUAGCUGUGGCCGCGGCCAGGAGCGUUUGUGCCGGGUGUUCGGAGGGGCCGGCGGUGGUGGCUGCUGCUGCCGCGGCGGUUGGAGAGGCCGCGCGGGCGGUGCCCGGCAGCAGCUGGAGGAGCGGUUCGCGGACUUGGCAGCGAGCCACCAGGAGGCGAUCCGCGCGCGGGAUGAGCGGGACCGGCAGAACGCGCGGCUGCGCGAGGAGAACGGGCGCCUGCGGCUCGAGAACCGGCGGCUGAAGCGCGAGAACCGCAACCUCUUCCGGCAGGCGCUGCAGCGGCAGGACGAGGAGCAGUCCACGGAGCCCACGCGGGCCGCGGCAGGGGGAGGGGAGCAUGGCGAGCCAGACUCGGAGGAGGAAAGCGGAGGUGCCGCGGAGGCCUGCGAGCACGUCCGGGGCGUUGCGGCGGACCCGAAGGAGCGGAGAGCCGGAGAAGGCCCGGAAGAGCCUGGGAGCCCCCGGGCCCUGAGGGCCCGCCUCGAGAGGCUGGAGGCCAUGUACCGCCGGGCCCUGCUGCAGCUACACCACGAACAGCAGUGGCAGCAUCGUCGGGCCCAGGCCCAGAAGGCGGAGGCAAAGGAGGAGGAGGAAGAAGGGCGGCUUGAGCUGGAGAUCGGAGCUCCAGAUCCCGCACCCCUCCUCUAGUUUCGCGGCCUGAGAAAGCAGGAGGCGGGGCUGCUUUUCUGACAGGAAUGGAGCGGGGAGACCAGCCCUUCCUUCCCCCGCCUCCCAGGACCCCCGCACACUUGUCUUGGUCCAAAUGCAAGGACACUUGGAUGUCUCUCCUGAAAUACAGGAGAACUGUGCUAAUGGACAGGUCCUCAGUCUUCCCGCCCUCCACCGUCUUCUGCACAGGAUCAGGGAGGGUUCCAUCCUUAAGCUGUAGUUAGCUGGAACCAGGCCUGGAGGCCCGCGCAGGAGCCACACAAUCGGGGACACAGAGGCUGGAGACUUGGCCUCUGCCAUGUGCCACUGCCAGUGCCAGCUUUCUGUGUGAGAGCAUCAUAUGCUACUUGUGGCAUUUAGGUGAAGUUAUUAAAAACAAAAGCAAACAAAACCAGCAUGAGAGAACUGUAUGCCAAGCUGUGCCUCUUAAUGACUGAACUAUCUCCUACUUCUUACCCCUCCCUAGUUUUGUGGAGGAAUUGUUUUGCCUCAUUUUGGUUCUUUGAGAUUUGAAGUAACCAUUUUUCUUGAGUUGCUUAGCUUGGCCAUUAACACAUUCUUUUUAAAGGGCCCAGGUUGAAUGUGGGUGAGGUUUAAAUAGGUGUUUUAAACUUAGAGCUUUGUUUUCUUUAAAAACCAUUUUAAUGGAAAGUAAUCCAUUCUAAUAUUAUCUUUUGGUUCCAGCCUUAUUUCUGCUAGGUACUGAUUUAUCUACCUUGACCAUUUAAAAAUUUUUGCCUUAUGGGGCAUUUGAAUAAAACAAGUUAAAUGUAAUAAAAUUUUGGUAUACUAAUAAAAGUUUCCAGGACUUUAUUUGUAGAUUACAUUUUGUAGUACUCUAUUUUAUAUGUAUUUUUUAUCAAAAUAAGUUUGCUUUAAAAAAUUAUAUUCAGAGUUAAGCAGAUUUUAUAACAUUCAUAUUUUAGCAGCCAGUGUAGUUUAUUUUUUACUAUUCAAGAACUUUUGGAAUUUUUAACUAGAUGUCAUAAAUUGACCAAAAAGUAUAAUUGAACAGUUAGGAUAGUGAGGUAAAUAUAUAUUUUUGAGAAACUACAUACAGGUAAACCACCUAGGGAAAAUAUAUGUAGUCACUGCAUCUCAAAGUUCUGGUAGCAUAUGACUUUAUGGUAUUUCCAUGGACAUACAUUUCGUACAUAAUGGUUCUCUGUUACACAUACAUAGUUAAAUACAGUCCAUGGCUGUUGUUCAAACCGCCUUUCCUUUCUGAUCAAGUAUUAAAAAGAAAUUGGAAAGAGGAUAGAAACAAUAAGAAUGAUCUCCAUCUUUCUGCUUCAGUUUCAUACAGGAACCAAUUUUCCCACAUAUGGCACAUAAAAAGAAGCAGCUUAAUUUGAGGAAAGAACUCUAGAUUUGGUGUUUAAAAAAAAAAAAAACAAAACUUGGAUUGGAAUUGAAACUAUCUGUGUAAUCCUAGGUCAAGUCAGUCUUUCUGGGCCUCAGUUUUCUCACCUAUAAAAUUAAGGAGUUGGCCUAAAUGAUUUCCUGAGAAGUUUUAUAACUUAUCACAUUUAGAUACUCAAGAACAGUCACAUCUUGAAGACUCGUAGAAGUAAGUCUUGAAAAAAAUCUGUGAAAUUGCUUUUCAGGCUAGUACAAAUUCAUCCUUGAUGACUUAUAUAUACCUUUUCAUACAACUAAUAUCUUCUACCCAGGGACUCGUGGAUAUUACCUUAUUAAUGCAGUUAUGAAGUUAAUUCCAAAUUGUAUUACUACUUUUGUACAGGUGGAGAAAUGUGUCAAGUAUUUCAUUUAAGGUCAAAGUUCACAUUAAACUGUGACGAAUAUGGAAAUAUAAUAAAAGACUAAUAAUUCCAGAACAACAACAACAAAAAAAACACCUGACAUUCAAAUACUGAUACUCACAUCUCCAAAAUAUUUUUACUGUAUAAGUAAUAGUGAUUGCUGGCAGCAAACCAAUCUGGUGAAAAAAUUGUUUUGUAAAAUGUGGCCAAAAUAAUUUAUGAAGGCUUCCAAGCAUGGUUUAUGAAAAGCAUCUUUUAAAAACUUGCUAAAAACUAAAAUAAAAUUAAUUUGCAAAUGAUGUGUAUUUAAACUCUUAAGUUUGCUAAAAUGGAUCAAAUAUGGUAGUGCUUUAUUGUAAAAAAUAUUAUUAAAGUAGGAUGUAAAAUAGAUAUUUUAAGGGCAUAAAGUCUUUGGGAGUUUUAGUUAAGCCAAUAGAUAUGUAGCGUCCAAAGUGGAAAACUAGUUAAUACAUAAUUGCAAGUUAUGACACUUUAAUGUUUUUAAUUUUUAUCAGUUUAGGUGAACUUUUAGACAUUGAAUGGAAGUAAAGAUUAUUAUUAAAAGCCACAUGUGUAGAACAUGAAACAGUAUACUUGGUGAGAUUGAUUAACCACAUUUUCUAACUGACAUGCCGCAUCCCGCUGAUCACUGAGUACUUAAACCUUCUCUGUUUUGGACCUAAGUAGGUUGGGGCCUCUUUAGACAGUCUGGUACCUGGCCCCCAUCUGGAGCUCCUGUCUCGGUGCUGAAGGUUAACUAGUUUGGUGUACUGCAACUCAGAACUCCUGAACUUAAGUGAUCCAUCUGUCUCAACCUUCCUUGUAAUAGGGAUUACAGAUGUUGUGUGCCUGAUCUUUUCAGAGCAUUACAAGAUUGCCAAGUAAAUCACUGAUGCUUAAUAAUGAUAUCUUGUGUCUCUAACCAUUGAAAAGUAGUACUCAUGGACAAACUUCCAACAAAUUCCGGUGCAUUGUUCUCUAUGAUAUACUUGAAAGCUUCUUAUUAGCCUUACUUAAAUGUUAUAAGAUAUUUCUUUGCUAAUUGUCUAUGGUUACUGCCACUAUAAUGAAGUAAUAGUACAAACUACAAAAAAGUUUUGGGUUUUUUUUUUCUUUCCUUUUCUGAUGGCAUGUAAAAAUAGAGAUUUUGCUUCCAGGUAACAAGACUGCUUCUCAUUAGAGAUUCUAAUGGAGAAUUUGGCAAGCACAUUUUGGCAAGUCUUGAUAAGUGGUACAAACAAUUAAAAACAGUUUUGUAACUCUACUUUUUCUUAUUAAAAAAAUCUUUAUACCUCUCAUAUAUCCGGUGUACAAAUUAAAGAGAGCACUUGUAUUUUAUCCACCUGUGACUUUGCUCUGGCUCGUUGUAGUCAUAGCAUGAGCAUUUUAUUACCAGCAUGAAUGGUGUGACAGAGAGAGAGGAGUUGAGCAAGAGGAUAAAUAAAAUGGAGAAAAUGUUUUUCCACUUCAGUUAUUUUUAGUCUUCACAGUCUGGUAGUUAUUUGAUGUGAAUUUUAGGAUAUUCAGACACAUCCAUUUUCAAAUGUGACCAUAAAGAGUAUUCUAAAGUAAAUGAUAAUGUUUAGAUAAUGCCAUUACUUUUUAUUGGAGCAAAAACUCAAUAAUUAGCGGCAUAUUAUAUAUAUAGAAGUGCUCUGAAAAUAUUUUAAGUGCUUU